AUGAAAUAUUCUGGUUCCUUUAAACUCUAUGAAGUUCUCCAAGCCAUUCGUCUAAAUAUAAAUCAAAAAUGCACUGAAAAAGAAUAUCUCUUCCUUUUUCUUCAAAUUGAUGAAUUUCAAAAGAUCUUCCAACGUGAUUCUCAACUUGAAGGAAGAACUGAAAACGAUGAAAGGACCCUAUUCCAUCACUUGUACUUGUUGUCUGUUCUGGGAGGUUAUAUGAGAGCAAAACCCAGCAUGGUGUAUGUGCAGACUCUUCUGUCUGGAACAGCACCAUUUGAAGUUAUACAAGUUCUGGAACCAUCAGGAUAUUCUUGUAAACCUCUGAGUCUUCCAUUAUUAUUAUUGUCAUUAAAAUCUCGAAUAGAGCUUAUGAAAUAUUAUGCAGAUCAGGGAAAUAGCAGUGAAGUUUCUUGGGAAAGCAAGAUAUGGGUUCAUCAAUUACUACUUGACACAGGGGGCCUUCCACAUGCUUUAGAUACCCUCUUUAUUGAAUUCUUUGGGGAAAUUUAUGAAAAUAUUGUGGAUUUCUUCAACAACAUUGAAUCCCAUCAGCCAGUGGACAUUUUUCAUAGAGUCAUGACCAAUCUUGAUAACCAU